AUGGAUCUUAAAUUUCCAAAGUUACCAAAGAGAACAUUGUUUUUAUCUUAUCAAUCAAAUGUAUAUAAACCUAAUUGUUCGUUAAAUAUCGAUUAUAAACCCAAAAAAGGCAUUAUUUAUGAUUUAAUUGUAUAUGUAGAGUGGAAAUUUAGAAUGAAUAUAAAGUAUCCAGAAUGUGUAUCUGAUGCUGAAAUUUAUUUUGUUAGAGGAGAGUCUAUAACAGAAAAAAUAUUUUUGGAUGCACUUAAACAUUAUAAUGGUGCUGAUAUUAGAAAAGGUAAAUAA